AUGAAUUGUCUGUUAUGGAAUUGCCGGGGGGCGAAUAAACCCAACUUCCGCCGUUCGAUUCGUUACAUAUUGAAGAAAUGUAGAACUGAUGUGUUGGCACUGUUUGAGACACAUGCAGGAGGUGAUAGAGCGGGCUCGAUUUGUCAAGGUUUGGGUUUUGACAAUUCAUUUAGAGUGGAUGCAGAUGGGCAGAGUGGAGGGCUGUGGUUAUUGUGGAGAACGGAGGUCGGAGUGGUGACGGUGAUUAAGUCGGAGACGCAGUUCAUCUAUGCUACGAUUGUGAAGAAUAGUGAGACAAUUCAUCUGAUCGUAGUUUAUGCGGCGCCGUCGGUGAGCCGCAGAAGUGGAAUUUGGAACCAGCUAGAUGAUGUCCUACAGAAUCUGACGGGUCCAGUUAUAAUCGGAGGUGAUUUUAAUACUAUAGUGCGAGUUGAUGAGAGGACGGGAGGAAAUGGUCAGCUUUCACCUGACUCAUUAGCCUUUGGGGAAUGGAUCAACAAUAGAGCCCUCAUUGACAUGGGCUUCAUGGGACCACAGUUCACAUGGAAGCGAGGAAGAGAGGAGAGGUUUUUCAUUGCUAAAAGAUUGGAUAGAGUGUUCUGCAAUGCACACACACGGUUACUGUGGCAGGAAGCAACGGUACGGCAUCUGCCCUUCUUGUCUUCAGAUCACACCCCCUUGUACGUGCAGUUGGAACCAGGACCCACGGGAGAUCCAAAGAGGUGGCCCUUUAGAUUUGAAGCUGCUUGGUUAAAGCACCCUGGGUUUAAAGAUCUAUUGGUGAGCCCCUGGGAUGGAGAGAUUGAUACGCCACAGGCGCUGGAGAAACUAAAACUGACGCUCAGGAGGUGGAACAGAGAGGUGUUUGGAGACAUUCAGAGACGAAAGGAGAAGCUGCUCACGGAUAUUAAAUCUAUCCAGAACUUACUGGACCUGACGCAGACAGAUGCGCUUCUAGAAAGGGAAGGCAUGUUACUGAAUGAGUUUGAUGUUUUACUGGCUCAAGAAGAGACGUUGUGGUUUCAAAAAUCCAGGGAAAAGUGGAUUGUGCUAGGGGAUAGGAACACAAAGUAUUACCACACGACAACGAUUAUCAAACGAAGGAGGAAUCGGAUCGAAAUGUUGACAGACGAUGGAAAUCAAUGGGUUACAGAGCCGGGGGAGUUGGAGAAGAUUGCGAUAGAAUACUAUCGCCGUCUUUAUUCUAUGGAGGAUGUAGCACCAGAGGUGGAGAGUUUACAUAGAGAAGAACUAAUGGCCCUGAAUAGACCAUUCCGGGAGUUGGAUGUGGAGCAAUCAGUUCGGAGCAUGGGGAGGUUCAAAGCGCCAGGGCCGGAUGGAUUCCAACCGAUUUUCUAUCAAGAGAAUUGGGAAGUGGUGAAGGAGUCGGUAACCCGGUUUGUUUUGGAUUUUUUCAGGAGUGGUAACUUACCAGUGGGCAUCAAUGACGCGAUAGUAGUAUUAAUUCCGAAAGUGUUGAAGCCGGAGAGGAUUACACAGUUCCGACCUAUAAGCUUGUGUAAUGUUUUAUUCAAAACCAUUACAAAAACGAUAGUGAUGAAGCUUAAGAAGGUAAUGCCGAAGCUUAUUGGCCCUGCUCAAUCAAGCUUCAUUCCGGGGAGACUAAGUAUGGAUAACAUCGUCGUGGUGCAAGAAGCUGUACACUCUAUGAGAAGAAAGAAAGGAGUGAAGGGUUGGAUGUUACUGAAGCUCGAUCUGGAGAAGGCGUAUGAUCGUAUACGGUGGGAUUUUCUGAAAGACACACUUCAAGCGGCUCAGCUUCCGAAGAGUUGGGUUGGAUGGAUCAUGACAUGCGUCUCGGGUCCGGACAUGAGCAUAUUAUGGAAUGGGGAACAGAUGGCUGUUACUGAGAAGAAGUGGAAGCCAAUCCGGCUGUCGCGAGGUGGUCCAAAUUUGUCACAUGUGUGCUUUGCUGACAAUUUGAUUCUAUUUGCUGAAGCGUCUGUGGGCCAGAUCCGUGUGAUUCGAGGCAUACUGGAGAAGUUCUGUGUUGCUUCAGGGCAGAAAGUCAGUCUGGAAAAGUCUAAAAUCUUCUUCUCAGAGAAUGUGAGUAGGGAUAUGGGGAAGUUGAUUAGUGAUGAAAGUGGCAUCGGGUCAACCCGUGACUUAGGUAAGUACUUGGGAAUGCCUGUACUCCAGAAGAGAAUUAAUAAGGACACAUUCGCUGAUGUUUUGGAGAAAGUAUCAUCACGACUCGCUGGGUGGAGAGGUCAGAUGCUUAGCUUCGCAGGCCGGAUCACACUGACUAGAUCAGUAUUAUCGUCAAUCCCAGUUCAUAUCAUGAGUACAAUUGUCUUACCACAAUCUAUCGUGACUCGGUUAGAUAAAGUGGCUAGAGCUUUCUUAUGGGGAGACACGGAGGAGAAAAGGAGACAACAUUUGGUCUCUUGGGAGAAGGUGUGUACACCGAAACCAGAAGGAGGCUUGGGAAUAAGACAGACGCAGGCUAUGAACAAAGCGCUUGUGGCAAAGUUAGGUUGGCGACUCAUACAUGAGGAGGAGGCGCUCUGGGCAAGAGUCUUGCGUUGCAAGUAUGGGGUGAAGGAUGUCCGAGAUAACGCUUGGUUUAAAAAGUCAGGGAAUUGGUCAUCAACUUGGCGGAGUAUACUGAAAGGCAUGUGUGAAGUGGUCAUUCCUGGCUUGAGCUGGGUUGUCGGAGAUGGACGAAACGUUAGAUUCUGGCAAGAUAGAUGGCUUUCACAGACGCCACUACUUGAAGAAGCGAUGAUGGUUAUACCUCAAUGGCUUGCCGAAGCGAGAGCGAGUGAGAUGUGGGUCUCGGGCAGUGGUUGGAACAUGCCGCAGUUAGAACCAUAUAUACCAGACCACGUAAGGUUGCAAUUGGGAACAGUGGUCCUAGAUGAAGUUACGGGUGCGAAGGAUAGAACAUCGUGGGGUCAUAGCUCCGAUGGCGUAUUCACAGUUAAGUCAGCUUAUACCUUCUUGACUCGAGAUGAUACGCCUCGGAGCAUUAUGACUGAUCUGGAAAGGCAGAGGAGACACUUAAGUGACACAGGGGUUCGCCAAGUGUGCAAAGGAGGUGAGGAAUCUAUUCUGCAUAUUCUACGCGAUUGUCCGGCGAUGGCGGGCAUUUGGAAUCGCAUAGUGCCAGCAAGGAAGCGCCACGAGUUCUUUGCUACACCACUCUUGCGUUGGGUGCACGAGAAUCUCGUGAAUGAUGCAGACAUGGGAGGAUAUGUUUGGUCCACUAUCUUCGCGAUGGGGGCCUGGUGGGGAUGGAAGUGGCGCUGUUGGAAUGUAUUUGGACACCCGGGAAAAUGCAGGGACAGGGUGAAGUAUGUGAAGGAUAUAGCACAGGAAGUUACCACGGCACAUCAAAAGAGUAGAGUAUAA